AUGCUUGAGAAGCCAUCCCUCCUGACUCAGCAGGGCCCUGUCAUGGCCUCUGAACAGAGCCUGAUCCUCCAGUGUCACUCUGACAUUGGCUAUGACAGAUUCACUCUGUCCCAGGACAGGGCAUGUGACCUCACCCAGUGCCCUGGCCGAAAGCCCCAGGCCAAGCUCUCUCAGGCAGACUUCUCGGGCUCUGUGACGGGCUCCGACAGGGGCUGGUACAGAUGUCACGGUGGACACAACUUCUCCUCUGAGUGGUCAGCCCCCAGUGACUCCCUGGACAUCCUGGUGACAAGUGAGGAUCCAGAGGGUUCACUUGGUGCCUCACCCUCCCUCACGGUGCAGCUGGGCCCUACGGUGGCCUCAGGAGAGAAUGUGGCCCUGCUGUGUCAGUUAUGGCACCUGAGGGACACUUUCCUUCUGACCAAGGAGGGGUCAGCGCAUCCCCUCUUGCGUCUUAAAGCAAAGGACAGAGCUGGGCUGUACCAGGCCGAGUUCUCCAAGAGUCCUGUGACCUCAGCCCACGGGGGGACCUACAGGUGCUACAGCUCACACAGUACCUUCCCCUACUUGUUGCCACACCUCGGUGGCCUGGAGCUCAUGGUCUCAGAUGAGGGGUCCCUGUCUCCAGGAGAGUCUGGGAAA